GGAUUCCUCAUAGAUUUAGUAAGCUCCCACAUGGUGUCUCUUCCGUGGCUGCUGCUUCAGUUCUUCUCUCCCCCGAAAAAGCUCAGUGAACUGGUCUUGUUCUGCUAGGCUGUAACACACUCGGGGUCCUUUGUCUCGUUCCUUUCUUUUCAUCUUCCUUCAAAGUACUCUUCCCCCCUCUUUUUCUUAUUCUAAGGCCGCAGAAAAGGGCCUCUUUUCUGAUUUUUUCUCCAUCGUUUUCCUUUUUUCUGAAAGGUUUGCUGAGACAGAUCCAUACAUACGCACUCUCCUUUCAUAAGCUCUCGUCUGUGGUGCGCAGCAUCGACAGAGUGCACUUUGGGAGUUUGUUAAGCCAGAUGUUGUCCAACGAGUACAAAGUUAUAUUCUUGAUUUUGUUCCUGUUCUCGAGUGCAUCAGGUGCAUAUGUAGGGAUUAAUAUCGGCACUCAGAUGUCCACAUUACCCUCAGCCGAAGUAAUAGUAUCCAUUCUGAAAACUCAGCAGAUCAAACAUGUGCGUUUGUUUGAUGCAGACCAUCAAAUCCUGAAUGCCCUAGCGAAUACUGGAAUAGAGGUUAUUGUUGGUGUCCCCAAUGACCAGUUGCUACGAAUAGGAGAAUCGCGAUCAGAUGCUGCUGAUUGGAUAAAUAAAAAUGUUGCUGCAUAUGUUCCCACAACUAACAUUACCUAUAUUGCGGUAGGCAAUGAAAUUCUAACAACCAUCCCGAAUGCUGCUCUCGUUUUUGUUCCAGCAAUGCAGUUCCUCCAGUCUGCUCUCCUUGCCGCAAACCUCAACUUUCAGGUUAAAGUUUCAAGUCCACUGUCAAUGGACAUGAUUCCCAAACAUUUUCCUCCAUCUACUGCAACCUUCAAUUCAUCAUGGAACUCCAUAAUGUCUCAGUACCUUCAGUUUUUGAAGAACACAGGAUCUUCUUUGAUGCUAAAUGUGCUGCCAUAUUAUGGUUACACCAAGGGACAAGGUAUCUUCCCCCUUGAGUAUGCUCUUUUUGAGCCGCUGAAUCCGAGUGAUCAGAUUGUUGAUCCUAAUACAAAUCUCCAGUACACAAGCAUGUUCGAUGCAAUGGUUGAUGCGGCUUAUUACUCAAUGCAGUCUCUCAACUUUUCUGGUAUUCCAGUGAUUGUGACAGCAUCCGGUUGGCCAUCUAUAGGUGGAUCAAAUGAAGCAGAUGCUAAUAUCGACAAUGCAUUGGCCUACAAUACCAAUCUUAUUCGCCAUGUUCUAAAUGGUUCAGGCACACCAAGCCAACCAACCACACCUGUUAGCACAUAUGUCUACGAGUUGUUCAAUGAGGAUCUAAGACCUGGGUCUGUUGCUGAAAAAAAUUGGGGGAUAAUUUCUUCUAAUGGAACUGCUCUUUACUCUUUGACCUUUAACAGUCUGGUGGAGUCACAUGCUGAUUCAUCUACCCUGGCUGGUGUUUUCUGUGUUGCAAACUCUAGUGCGGAUUCAAGCGCACUAAAGAGGGGAUUAGAUUGGGCUUGUGGACCUGGUUCAGCAAACUGCAGUGCUAUUCAACCUGGCCAACCAUGCUAUCAGGCCAACAAUCUGGUAGCGCUUGCGUCAUAUGCAUUCAAUGACUACUACCAUCGAACUCAAGCAAGUGGUGGUACCUGCAGCUUUGGUAACACAGCCAUGAUUACCAGAACAGAUCCCGUAUUAUUCAGGCCAUGGUUCAUGCAUCUUUGUCGGAAGCACGGGAGCAAGCGACACGACUGGGGGUACGACCACCGGAGCCUUCGGACCAGUGAGUCCUUCAAGUCAAGGUUCAAGAUCGCAAAUCUUCUCUUCCGCUUUUCUAGCCUCUUUUCUGUUACCCUUUCUAGCUUGACAUGUGAAAGUAAAAUGAUGGUUAGUGUUAUCAGUUCAAUUUUGUUAAAAGAACUCCAAGAUUGUUGUCAUCUCAACAACCAGUAGACAAUGUGUCACCGAGUCUGUAGCUCAUUUUGUUGUUUACUUUCUGUCUUCUUGUUCUUGGUCUGGCAGCCAUAAAUCUGUCUUGAAAUGUAUUGUGCAGUUUCAAAGUGAAUCCAGGGAUCUCAAAAUUCGAUAUGGCCA